ACAAAAGACACUUCUACGAAACACUGGCAAGUGAAGCAGAACAGGCUGCAGGUAAGAGAGACCUGACGACAUUGUAUCAAAUAACCAGGUUGCUAUCAGGGAAUAGACCAACACAGAUGAAACCAAUAAAAGAUGAAGAAGGAAAUUUAAUUACGAAAGAAGAGAAACAGAGGAAACAAUGGGCCAACCACUUCAAGAAGCUCUUGAAUCGACCACCACCUGCACUUCGUCCAGAAAUACCACCUGCAGCCGCUGAACUACAAGUGAACAUUAAUCCCCCAACGAAAAUGGAAGUCCUGAACGCCAUAAAGCUACUGAAAUGCGGGAAAGCAGCAGGACCAGAUGGAAUACCGCCAGAAGCACUGAGAACAGAUGCAGAGACAACAGCGGCCAUGCUCACACCACUAUUGCAGAAGGUGUGGAAGGAAGAGAAGGUACCUGACGAUUGGAAGAAGGGUUACCUUGUCAAACUGCCGAAGAAGGGAGACCUCAGUGCUUGCAAGAACUGGCGCGGAAUCACUCUCCUGUCCACCCCAAGUAAAAUAUUAAGCCGCAUCAUCCUGGAGAGGCUUAAAGACGCACUGGAUUCAAAACUGCGACCGGAACAGGCAGGCUUCAAGGAGUACAAAUCAUGUGCAGACCAAAUUGCAACGCUUCGUAUCAUCAUAGAACAGAGCAUAGAAUGGCAAUCAGCUCUCCACCUCAACUUCAUCGACUUUGAGAAGGCCUUUGACAGAGUCGACCGAGAAGUAAUUUGGAAACUGCUUCAAUACUACGGAGUACCGCAAACCUUUAUCCGCCUCGUCCAACAACUAUAUGAAGAUGCCACAUGCCAAGUAAUCCACAAUGGGAAGCUCAGUGAUGCCUUUGAAGUGAAGACAGGAGUGAAACAAGGUUGCCUACUAUCCCCCAUGAUAUUCCUUAUUGUGGUGGACUGGAUCAUGCAGCAAACAGUAGGCAGCGAGAAGAGGGGGAUACACUGGACGACGGAAAAGAACCUAGAAGACUUGGAUUUCGCCAGUGAUGACUUGUGCCUAAUGUCACAUAAACUUGAAGAUCUGCAGGCAAAAACUAACAAGUUGACAGAAGAGGCAGCUAAGACGGGACUUCAGGUGAAUAUAGAGAAGACAGAAGUGAUGAAGAUACCGCACCACCACCAUCAACAACAACAACAAACUCCAAUCACCGUCAACGGGAGAAACUUGAAGGAAGCAACCUCCUUCACUUAUCUAGGAAGCACUGUUUCAACUACAGGCGGGACGGACGAGGACGUCAAAAUCAGAAUCGGAAAAGCAAGACAGGCGUUCAUUAGCCUGAAACCAGUGUGGAGAUCUUCUGCACUCAGCAUGCGGAACAAGAUACGGAUUUUCAACACCAACGUCAAGUCAGUGCUCUUGUAUGGCUCAGAGACUUGGCGCGUCACGAAAGGCAUUUCCAAUAAACUACAGACAUUCAUCAACAACUGCUUACGCUGGCUCGCUACUGAAGAUCAGAUGGCCAGAAAGAAUAAGCAACAAGGAACUCUGUGAACGAACCAACCAAGAACCUAUCACGCAAUAAAUAUGCAGGAGGAAGUGGAGAUGGAUUGGCCAUGCACUGAGAAGGCCGACUGGGGACAUCACGCGUCAGGCCAGGCCCUCGAGUGGAAUCCCCAUGGGAAGCGACGAGUUGGACGUCUGAGGGUGACAUGGAGGAGGUCGUGCGAGGAGGAAAUGAGAGGUUGUGGGCUGUCGUGGAACCAGGUUCAAAAGAUCUCAGAGAACAGAGUGUACUGGAGGCGUGCUACUGAAGCCCUAUGUUCCACUAGGAACCCAAGGGACUAAUAAUAAAAUAAUAAUAAUAAUUUUCCAAAUAUCUUUCAGAAUAAAGUCAUCACAAUAAUUAUUAUUAAUCUGUGGGAUCUGUUACAUGAGAGGUUUUCAUUUGGUUUUACUGUCAUAUGUACCUUUAAUUACUAUGCAUUUAACAAGCCUUUUGAAGCAGUCAGGUUGGUUAAGUACUCCUGUC